AUGGAGGAAAAGGAGCAGUUGAAUUGGACUUGUGUCAAGAGAGUGAAGACUGUUCAAUGCGUGGCUCCUGCGAUCGCCUACUUGCAUCACGAUUGCUCACUGCCUAUUGUCCAUCGGGACAUGAUGUUGAACAACAUCUUGCUCGAGUCGGACUUUGAGCCUCAACUUUUGGUUUUUGGGACGGUGAGGCUCUUGAAUUUGGAUUCGUCUAAUUGGAUCCCAGUGGCUGGAUCUUAUGGCUACAUGGUUCCUGGAAAGCUCGCGCACGCUUACACCAUCGUCGAGGGCAACGUGCUAGAGAAGAUCUCGAACGAGAUCAAGUCCAGACAGAGAGGGUGCACGAGCACGAGCACGAGCAAGUACUUCGCCAAGGACGGGGUCGAGAACAAGGCUAGCAAAUAG